AUGACUGUCCCUGUUUGGCUUAUCACAGGUGCCUCUGGAGGUCUUGGGGAAAUCCUAGCCCGUCGUGCCUUGAGCGAGGGUCACCUUGUCAUUGGCACCUGUCGUGACAUGCGAAAGUCAUCAUCGGUUAUUGGGCCAUUACAAGAGCGAGGUAUGGCUGUUAUCGAGUUGGAUGUAGCCGAUACGCAGGACUAUAUCACUACAAAGAUAAAACAGGCCAUAUCUGUAUAUGGCCAUAUCGAUAUCCUUGUGAAUAAUGCCGGAUAUGCAGCCCUGGGCCCACUUGAGCGUUUUGCGGAAGCCGACGUUUUGAAACAGGUGAAGACAAAUACCCUUGGACCUUUAUACAUCGCGCAGGCGGCUCUACCAAGUAUGCGAGCGAGGAGGAGCGGAAUGAUUGUGAAUGUCAGCAGCUUCGUUGGUAUUCGUGGUGAUGCCGCCAAUGGUGUCUAUGCAAUCAGCAAAUUCGGACUCGAAGCUUGGUCGGAGUCCCUUUCAAAAGAGGUGGACGAAUUUGGGAUUUCGGUCUUGGUUCCAGAAUUUGGGGCGUUCCGCACAAACUUCUUGGACCAUAAUGUGUUCAGCCGGCCAUCAAAAGACGUUGUUCCCGGAUACGAAGGUAGCUUCGCAGAAUCGACCUUCGACGGCAUCAAGCAGGCAUCCCAAAAACAACCUGGUGAUCCUGUCAAAGGCGUCGAGCAUCUUUUCAAAAUCAUCGUGGAUGGGGGAAAGCUGAAUGGCCAGAAGUUGUUUCGAGUUCCCAUCGGAGCUGAUGCCGUCAAAGUAGUUGAGGAUAAAGUUGCCAGGGUGACAGCGGAUCUUGAACUUGCGAGAAGACUGGAGGAAUACGAUAGUACGCUUCUUUGA